AUCAUUGUCGAAACAAUAUAUCUCAUUUAGACAAAGAUACACUUUGAACAAAAGAAAAUUAUAGAAAAGAUAAAACUUUGAAAGAUAAUUUUAUAGUUGCAUGAUUCGUCAUACUCGUGGUGGGAUAUGAUUUAAUUCAUAAAAAAGCUCGUGAUUCAAUUCACUGGAGGAAUUAGGAAGAUUAGAAUUUAAAUAUUCAAUAAAAAUAAUUUAUAGUUACAAUAAUCAACAAAUACAAUACAAUUGAGUACCAGAUAAUAUUACUUAUCAAUUCCAAGUAAGUGAUUUUAUUCGCUCGGUGUGACUUUCAACGUAUCAGUUAUUCAAGAGCAGAUUAUACUCAACUGGCGGAAAACCAGUCUUUGUGUAAUGUUUGAGAGGUGAGCACUAUCACCAGAGUGAAGUAAAAAAAACAGUCGCACUCACUACAGUCGGAAAUAAAUUAAUGUCAUAUUUCUUUUGUAUGAUAAAAUUUUUGAUUAGAAAUUGAAAAUACAUUUUAAUUUAUUUAAAAAUACAUCAUGUAUUGUAAAGUUUUUCCUGAUGAUGAUAAGAUAAUCGCAAAACGACUAUUUUCACAGCAAACAACAUUUAAAGAUAAAUUUGAAGUAGCAUGGAAGUUUUCAGCUUCAUAUAUUAAUAAAAGUCGAAAUAAUCAAGGAAGCAAGUCAGUUGUUGAUUCAAUACGUUGGCGUACAACAGGUAACACUGAAUACACAGCUACUUCGAAAAAUGAAGAUUAUAUAAGCAAAUCAAUUGAAGCAUACACCAAGAGUAUUGUUUUUGCACCAGUUGGAUCCGAAGAAUUGUCAUUAGCUUAUGCAAAUCGUUCAGCUGUAUUAUUCAGGGCAAGACUCUACGAAGAUUGUCUUCUUGACAUUGAACGUGCAUUAAAAUCAGGCUAUCCAGAUGAAUUAAAAACAAAAUUAUUUUUACGUCAAUCAUUGUGCUUCAAGGCCUUGAAAAAAAGCUCAGAUAUUGAGUCAAGUGCAUUGGCCAGUGCAACAAAGUGGCUUCCUAAUUUAAAAAAAAAUAUAUCAAAUCACGAAAUGUUCGAGAAAUAUACAAAGAUGAUGAAUGAACUUGGGAAACCACGUAAUAUUACUACGUUUUCACCAGAAAUAAAAAAUAAUUUUAGUAAAGAUAUCACUGGUGCUUCAGAUGCAAUUGAUUUAAAAAAAACAAGUAAUAAUGGUCAACAUAUUGUUGCGAAAAGAAUGAUUAAAUCUGGUGAAUUUAUUUACAUUUCUGAGCCAUUUGCAGCAACCGUUAUUAAUGAAUUACAUUUUACAAAUUGUUGGCAUUGUAGUCGUCAAACUUGGGCUGGUAUACCAUGUGACAAUUGUCUCUCUAUCAUAUACUGCUCUGAUAUUUGUCAACAAAAAGCAUGGGAUAGUUAUCAUAAUCUUGAAUGUUUAGUAUUAGGACAACUUUUGAAAUCUGAUGAAAUGAAUACACAAACGCUAUUAGCAGUAAAAAUUUUGUUAAAAGCACUCAACUCAGUGGGUGGUUUAAUUGAAUUGAAAAAAAAAAUUGACAAUAUUGACUCUAUGAUAAAUGACGGAAUGAUAUUUACUACUGAUACUCUUGAUGUUAAUACUAUUGAUAAUUUUCAUCGUCUUGAUUAUAUUAAACCAACAUCAACUGAGUGUAAAUUCGAAUCAGCAUUACUUGCCGUAUGGAUUGUUACAAUUUUUGGUCAAAAAACAAAUGUAAUAGGCUCUAAAAUGGCAGUGGCAGAAUUGAUCGAUUAUAAAAGUAAAAGAAAAUUCAUUUUGGGAGAAUUAAUAUUGCGAUAUAUGAUGAUUGUUCAACUCAACACUGGAUUUUUUACAGAAAUAGAUUUUGGUGGUUCUGUUGGGCAGUCAAGUGUCCUAAUACCAUUUUGUAAAUUAAUAAAAAAAAGCUGUGAUCCUAAUGUAUAUUGGAAUCAUUUUGGUUCAAAUGUUGGAUUUUAUGCAAGCAAACCAAUCAAGCAGGGAAAACCAAUACUUUUGAGUACUGCUGGUUCAUAUCAUAUGAUUCCUAAAAUCAACCGAUGGAUACAAUUAGAACCCACUACUAAUGAUCAUGUACCAUGUAGAUGUACAGCAUGUUUUGAAAGUUGGCCAACAAUACAAUCUCUCAAAUCUUACCACGAUUCCACGGAGUUGCCGACAACGAUGAAAACAGAAUUUGAUGAUAUGAUGUCGGAUCUAAAUGAGUGGCAAAAACUCAUUGAAGAGGGAGAUGAUGACAAAUUAUUAGAAAUCAAGGAUGAAUUGAUUAGUAUGAAUGAUGAAUUUUAUCGGUACAUCACUGUUCCUUGCAAAGAAAUAUCGUUACUUUAUUUAUCACUCAACAAGUUGUAUGGGCGACUAUGUAGCGUUAAUAAGGCUCUCGAGUAAAUAAUUAGAUUUCAACAGAAAAAAAAAAACACGAUAGAGCUUCAUAUAUUUUUUACAAUAGUUUAUUUUUAAUAUAAUCAACAAGAAAAACAAUUGAAAUUAUCAUUGUUUAUAUUUUUUUUGGGUAAAAAAAAGAUAUUCUUUUUAAUUUCAUUUGUAAUUAUUUAAAUGAAUAAAAAAAAAGUUUUACGAUUUGAAAUUUUUUAAUUAGUUUAUGGGGUUUUUAAAAAUUUCUAUAAUUUAAUUUAAUUUUUAACACAAAUAAUUAAUAAAUUUUGCAUUUGGUAUUGGAUUAUUUAUUUGUAAUGUUUUUUUAAUUUAGUAUUUAAUAUUUAGGUUAAUAUUAAUGUUUAGUUUAGUCUAAAUUUUCUUUAACAGUAAUAAAAUAUAAUAAUUAUCGAUAUGUAUUUAUGAAAAAUAAAAAUGACUUGAAUAAAUAAUUAAAAAUUAUCAAUAAAAUUAGAUCA